UUAUAAGUGACCCUGGUUUCAAUUAACCAAAUUUUAGUAUUAAUUAUUUGACUAACACAUGUGACAAUUAGCUCAAUAGGUUAAUUUUUUAUGAGCGAUGACAAUUAGUAUAUAAUAAAGUAUUUAUUUUAUUAAAAACAAUUAAAAAUGUCUGUUGUCAAGUGCAGAUUGACAACCGACUGGGUUUGGAAGUGCAAUAAAUUUUUCUUAAAUAUAAAUACAAGAAAGUUUAGUAAAAAUGUUAAAAGUGAUGAAAAAAUUAAAAUUCCUCCUCCUGAGGAUGGGAAGAUCCAGGCGGCAGUUUUGGAAAAAUUUUCAGAACCUCUCGUUAUUGAAAAUUUAGACGCACCGGCAAAUUUAAAUACCAAUGAGGUGUUGAUUGACGUCCAAUACUGUACGCUAAAUGGUCCAGACAUUUUAAAAAUGAAAAAUUUGCAUAAGUCACCACCAAAAUUACCGGCAGUCCUCGGUUAUGAAUUAGCAGGAAAACUACUGGAAGUUGGAGAUCAAGCUAAAAAACAGGGAUUUAAAGUUGGAGAUAAAGUUGUGGCGUUGAAUAAAACUCGAUAUGGUGGUUUAGCUGAACGAUGUAUCGCUGAGAUGACAGAUGUCUGGAAGAUACCAUCGUCUGUUAAAACUCUCGAGACAGUUUGUUUGAUGGACAAUUAUCUUACGGCUUUAAUUGGUCUUGAGAAGAAAGCUGACCUUCAGGAAGACGAAAUGGUUCUGAUAAAUGUUGGCCUCGGAGGAAUUGGUCUUGCUGCUGUUGAUAUUGCGGCUAAUGUCUUUAGAGCACAAGUAAUUGGAGUAAGCAAAUCAGAAGAUCGCACAACUUUGGUACGUGACAAAGGCGCUUUUGCUUCUUUGAAGUACAGUGAUAAAAAAUUAAUGAAAAAAAUUGUUGAAUUUGCUGCCGAACGUGACAUCAAAGAUGUUUUUGAUGGUGCUGAAGGUGAAAAAUUUAAAUUGAUGUUAGAAUGCUUUACAAAUGUAUAUAAAGAAGAAAAUCAAAAUAAUUUAUUACGUGAUGAUAAUUUUUCAGUACUGAUUGAACAUUUAUCAAGAGAAGGACGUAUAAUUAUCGCUGGAUUUGCUGUAACUAAAGAUGAUUACGAUGAGGAUAGCUCGAAAAAAUGCCCGUUCUCUAUUACUGGCAUCGAUCUUGUGGAAUUUAAAAAGAAACAUUUGGAGUCAUACCGAGAAGCAGGCAAUGAUAUUUUGCAAUAUCAUGAAGAAGGUUUAAUAAAACCAUCAUAUUCAUUUAUCGUAGGUCUUCAUAAAAUCAAUGAGGCAGUUAAAUUUAUAAGCGAUUUUAAGUGUUCAGAUAAGAUUGUUGUCGACUUAAAAAAUCGUGAGGCUGAAAUAAAGUUAAAAGAUAAGUAAUUUGUAUAAUUAAUCUUAUAUAUUAUUUUAUGGUGAUAAAAUUUUUAUAAUAAAAAAAGUAUAAAAAAUUAAUAACACUGAUAUUUAAUAAUUAUUU